AUGCUAAGCUCUAUCUUGUUGCGUCAUGUGCAGCAGCUGCUGCUGUUGCUGCCUUUGAUCCUCCCUUCCGCCCUGUGCAGCACUUACUCGCCUCAUCUCCCCCCUAGCUGCAACACUAAUUGCAGCGACAGCAGCAGCAGCAGCAGCAAAUUUCCUGUGUGCUUCUCUUACCGGCUCCAAAGGCCAUGCGGUGGGAUCGGGAUCGAGUUGUCUCGGGCUUCUUUUCGAUCCCCAGCAGCAGCAAGAGCAGCAGCAAGGGUAGCAACUGCAACAGCAGCAGCAGCAGCAGCAGCUUCGCGGGCUGAUGAGGUGCCUCGAGCAGCAGAGGCCCCGCCGGGUCAACAGAGGCAACUGCACCUGCAGCAGCAGAAGCAGCAGCACCAGGGAGAGGAGGAGGAGGAGGAGCAGCAAGAGGAGCAGCAGUACGAGGAUCUGUUUGCUGCUGCUGACGGCUCUACAAUAUACGCGUUGAGCAGCAGAAGCAACUGUCCUACUGCUGCUGCUGCUGCAGCUCAGGGUGCCUCUGCGGUGGCUGUUUGGAGGGUCAGCGGCCCUCUUGCUGCUUUCGUGCUGCAGCUGCUGCUGUUGCCUCAGCAGCAGUUGCAGCAGAUGCUGCAGCACAUUAGAGAGUGUGAGCGCUGUAGCGCCCACCUCGAUCCUUGCCCUGUGCAUCCCUCUCCUACAUGCAGCAGCAGCAGCAGCAGCAACAGCAGCAGCAACAGCAGCGCCAACAGCAGCAGCAGCAGCAACAGCAGUAGCUGCUGCUGCUGCAAGUCUUUGCUGCUGCCUGCUGUUCCUGCUGCUGGGCGGGUGUUUAUAUCGCCUAUUUGGAAUCUAUUUAAUGAGGGAGAGGCAAUGGAUGAGGCGCUGCUCCUCUUCUUUAAGGGACCCAAGUCAGCCACUGGAGAGGAUGUGGCUGAGAUUCAUUCGCAUGGGGGUUUAGGUACUUUAUCUGUUUUGUUUGAUUUCUUUGAGAAGCAACAACUUUUGUCUGCUGCUGCUGCUGGGGGUUUACGGUGUAUAGGCAGCUCUGUAAACAAAAAAGAAGAAUUGCUGUUGCGGCACCUGGGGGAUAUAUACAGACACUUGCUGCAGACAGACAGCAGCAAACUACCCCUAGAGUUUAGCUGGCGUCAGCAGCAGCAGCAGCAACAGCAGCAGCAGCAGCAACUAAUGUUGCUGCAGCAACAGCAGCACCAGCAACAACAAAGGAAAUGCUGCUGCUCGCAGCGGCUCUUUAGUCUUCUUCUGAACAGAUUUGUUGCAGAAAAACAGCAGCAGCAGCAACAGCAACAGCAACAGCAACAACAGCAGCAGCAGGAGCCGCUGCAGGCGACAGGCAAGGCCGCAGCAGCAACCUGCAUCUGCUGCAGCAGCGCCGCUGCUGCUAGGGGGGCCCCCAAGGGGGCCCCCCUGAACCCUUCUAUUCGCUUAGCGAGGCCAGGAGAGUUUGCUCUGCGUUCGUUUUUAAAUGGGAAGAAGAAUGUGCAUCAGCUGCAUGCACUUGGGGCUGUCUUGAAUGCGGGAGGUUCUGAGCAGCUGUCUAGCGCUGUGAGACGCCUAGUGGGGGCCCCCCAACGUCAGGAGGCCCUAAGAAGGUGGCGAACAGUUUUAGGGGGGGCCCUGGGGGCCCUUGAGGCUUCUCUUGCAAUAAGUGACGACCCGCAGCAGACUGAUGCUGCUGCUGCUGCUGCAGCAGCAGCAGCAGCUAACCCUGCUGCUGCUGCUGUCUUACAGGAACUACAAAAUGAAAUCAAUAAAUUAAACGCACAAACGCAAAUCGAAGACGGACUCAAACUCGUCCUUCUAGGGGCCCCCAAUGCAGGGAAGAGCAGCUUAUACAACUUGCUGGUAGGAAGAGAAGCAGCAAUUGUCUCUGAUGAGGCGGGCACCACUCGCGAUUUAUUAUGCUGCUCUAUUUGCUGCAGCAGAGGAGGCAAGGGCCUCUUCAAGCUGCAGCUCACAGACUGCGCGGGGUUAAGGCCUCCUGCUGCUGCUGCUGCUGCUGCUGCUGAUGCUGCUGCUGCUGAUGCUGCUGUUGAAAGGGUGAGUCCUGUGGAGAUAGAAGGCAUGAGGCGCGCUGUAGCAGCAGCACGAGAGAGCGAUGUGCUGCUGCUGCUCUUGGCAGCGCAGGAGCAGCAGCAGCAGCAACUGACCCAGCAGCAGCAGCAAGAGGCCCAGCUGCAGCAUCUGCAGCAGCAGCUGCAGCAGCUAGGGGGGACCUUAAAAGACAUAUUUAGCAGCAGAGGAGACACACAACAAAAACCUCACAUCCUUAUUGCAGUAAACAAAACAGAUCUGCUGCUUCCGAAGCAGCAGCACCCAGACAGCAGCAGCAGCAGCAACAGCAGCAGCAGCAGCAACAGCAGCUGGGAACGUAGCAACACUCCUAAGGGUGUGGGCGGAGGUCAGCAUCAUACUGGUGAUAUGAACAAUCAGCAGCAGCAGCAGCAACAACAACAGCAGCAGCAACAGCAGCAGCAGCAGCAGCAGCAACAGGAGCAGGAGGAAGCAGCAGUAGCAGCAGCGGGCAAUUUGCUGCAGCGUCUGGAUAAUAGUAUAGAUGAUUUGCUGCCCAGUUGUGCGCUGUCUUCUGUUUUUAAUUUUAAUGUUUGCUUCGAUGAGGGAUUAAACAGCCAGCCGCGAGUGCUGCCAAUCUCUUGUCUCUCAGCUCUUAACCUGCAGCAGCUGCUGCUCUCUAUUCACUCCAUCAGCAGCAGCAGCAGCAGCAGCAGCAACGGCAGCAGCAACAGCAGCAGCAGCAGCAGCAGCAGCAGCAGCAGCGGGGAAGAGGCUUUGUUUUGUUUGCAAAGCGAGCGCAUUUUGCUGCAGCAGUUGGCGGAAACUCUGCAGCACUUUUUAGGCAUUGAGGAGGCCUUUGAAGAGAAAGUAGAAGACCUCAACUUUGCGUUGCGUUUGCUGGGGAAGUUGACUGGCAUUAAGUGGAAGGCAAAGGAGGCCGUAGAGAUCGUUCAGAGAAACUUUUGCUUAGGCAAGUGA